ACGCGGGGCCCUCACGUGACCCGGGGCUGCAGAGCGACGCAGCCUUGGGUGCAGUCGUCACUUGCGUCUGGUCUCCGGCUCCGCGCUUCCCUGCGCAGGGCGGGCUGGCAUCGGGCCCUGGGCGAGCGGCGCAGGUCUGCAAGCCGAGAGUCGCGGCGGCGAGAAUUGAGAGGAGGACUCGGCGGGCGGCGAGGGAUAGGCCCAGGAAAACGAAGAAAUGGAGCAGCCCCUGCAGAAUGGGCAGGAAGACCGCCCUUUGGGAGGAGGUGAUGGCCACCAGCCUGCAGCAAACAACCACCACCGAAGAGGACAGGCUCGCCGACUUGCCCCUAACUUUCGAUGGGCCAUACCCAAUAGGCAGAUUAAUGAUGGGUUGGGUGGAGAUGGAGAUGAUAUGGAAAUGUUCAUGGAAGAGAUGAGAGAAAUCAGGAGGAAACUUAGGGAGCUACAGUUGAGAAAUUGUCUGCGUAUUCUUAUGGGGGAGCUCUCUAAUCACCAUGAUCAUCAUGAUGAAUUCUGCCUUAUGCCUUGACUUCAGCCAUUUUCAUGAGAUUCAUACUGUGAUUCCCGAUGUAUUCCUUUUCCUUGCAUUUUCCUGACAUGCCUUUACUGAUCUGUUUGUGGUGAGCCUUGUGUUAUUUCCAUGUGCCAGGUGGGUCUUGUGUUGCCAACUUCUAAUUGGAGAUUGCCUUCCCACUCAGUGUGAGUUCCUGUCAACAGUACGGUGUUGCCCAUUUGCAUGGAAAAACUGUAAAGUAAAUAAAGCAAAUGAAAAGCAA